CUACCAGUUUCUGUUUAAACCCAUAACCUCUUGCUUGCUAUAACUCACACAUACUGAUAUGAUAUCCAAUAUGGAUACUCUUUUAAAUGUCCUGUUUUUACCUUCUCUGCUUCUGCUUCUGCUUCUGCUUGUUUCACAACUAACAAUAGCUGAAACAUCCUUCUACCAAUUAAACAACAAUUCCACUGAUUCUGCUAGAAAUUUAAUAGCAAUUAAAGGUCGAUGCAACAUUUUUCAAGGAAAAUGGGUGUUUGAUUCUUCUUAUUCUAAAUAUGACUCUUCAAGCUGCCCAUUUAUAGACCUUGAGUUUAAUUGCAAAUCUAGACCUGAUAAAUUGUACCAAAAUUAUAGGUGGCAGCCUUUUGAUUGUAAUUUGCCAAGGUUCAAUGGGUUGUAUUUCCUAAGGAAAUGGAAGGGAAAGAAGAUAAUGUUUGUGGGUGACUCACUGAGUUUGAAUCAGUUUGAAUCGUUGGGAUGUAUGCUUCACUCUUGGGUUCCUAAUACUAAGACUUCAUACUUUAGGAGAGGGAUUAUACGUUCCCUGACUUUUGAGGAAUUUGGAGUGACACUAAUGCUAUAUCGCACGCCAUUUUUGGUAGACCUUAUGAAUGAGAAAGAAGGGAGAGUAUUGAAUCUUGAUUCAAUUAGUGGUAAUUUCUGGAAAGGAAUGGACAUGCUUAUCUUCAACACUUGGCAUUGGUGGACUCAUACGGGUCGUGCUCAACCGUGGGACUACAUUCGAACAGGAAACAAGCUAUAUAGGGAUAUGAAUCGUAUGAUUGCAUAUUAUAAAGGCCUUACUACUUGGGCCCGAUGGGUUAAUCUCUAUGUCAAUCCUUCUAAGACUAAAGUCUUUUUUGUUGGUAUUUCUCCUUCACACGAAGCGGGGAGUGAUUGGAACGAGCCAUCAAGAAGUUGUUCGAGCGAGACGAUGCCAUUUUCGGGUACAAAAUACCCGGCAGGAACCCCUCAAGAAUGGGCUGUGGUUGAGAAAGUAAUAAGCAGGAUAAAGAAACCUGUGUAUUGGCUUGAUAUCACAAUGUUGUCACAAUUUAGAAAGGACGCUCACCCUUCUAUUUAUAGCGGUCGAGGUAGAGAUUGUAGCCAUUGGUGUUUGCCUGGAGUACCUGACACUUGGAACCAACUUCUCUAUGCGGCUCUCCUACAUUAACAGUUUGUCUGGGUAAUUGUAAUGAUAAUAAAAAUAAUUUAUAGUCUAAAUUUUCAUGAGAUAUACUAUGUCAUUCAUUUGAUAAUGAGACAAAAAAAAUAGAAAAAAAAACAUAAGCCUGCUAAUAGAAAUUAGUGGGAUGAUAAUUGGCUUUUGAUUGAUUAGUGGGAAGUGUAGAACAUCAUUAAGCACUUUUCUUUCAAGUGUAAAUUUGUGAAGUAUGUUUUUUGGUCAAAAAAGGUUCCGCAUUUCAGAAACAUCAUUGCUAGUUUACAUGAAUGACGGAAUAAUUUCUGUCAA